AUGGCCAAGGCAACCAAAUGCCUUUGGCAGACCUCGUCGCCGCAGACAACAGUGCGCUGCUCCUCGUCAUCGACUCCGCCGGCUCGCCAGUUGGCGAACUACACUCCCAGUUCCUGGGAUUACGACUGCCGCCUGCUUUCGCUCGACGAUAUCAGCCAUGACACCCAUGAUCAGUUACGAGCUCGGAGCUUCGAUAAAUUGAAGGCCGGGGUGAGGGAGCGGCUGAUGGUGGCGAGCCGAGGCCACGACCAACCUGCAAAGCUCAGACUCGUCGACACACUGCAACGGCUCGGCAUCGCCUACCACUUCGACGACGAGAUCUCCAACAUCCUCACCACUAUCCAUAGUGCAAAACCUCAUCAGUGGAGCUGUGAUGAUGAUGAUGGUGAUGAUGUUGCUUCCGCGGCCUUGAGGUUCAGGUUGCUCAGGGAGAGUGGCUUCCCAGUCCUCUUCCCUGCAGAAUCUCUGAAAAAUCUCAAACACAUACUAGAUGAUGUGAAGGGGGUCCUCUCAGUCUAUGAGGCUUCAUACCUUGCAUUUGGAGGCGAGGAAACAUUAGACGAGGCAAAAGCAUUUUCUGUAAGCGCUCUUAGAGAACUCUUGCCGUCCAUGGAUCCCCACUUACAACACAGUGGAGGGAGGAUAUUGCCCUUGGUAAAAAAAUUGGGGUUUGCGAGAGAUCGUCUCAUGGAGUGCUACCAUUAUGCAACUGGAAUAAUGUGGGAGCCAACCCUCGGAGCAUGUCGGGAAGUUCUUGCUAAAGUCAUUUAUCUAGCAGUUCAAUUGGAUGAUGUUUAUGAUGUGUAUGGAACUCUUGAUGAACUCAUCUUGUUCACUAAUGCCAUUAGAAGGUGGGAAGAAAGUCCCGAUGAACGACUUCCUGAAUACAUGAAAGCACUCUACACUAUUAUGUACAACACAUCAUGUGAGGUGGCUGAAAAUGUGCUAAAACAACAUGGUUUUGAUGCUCGUCAUGUACUUCAAAAAUUGGCCGAGCUAGAGAGAGGGGAUGUACCAUCUUCCAUAGCUAUCCACAUGUCGGAGAAUAACUCUGGUGAGAAAGAGUCCCGCGAUGCCAUGGAAGACCUUAUAAUGGAUGCUUGGAAGUCAAUUAACAUAGAGGCCUUCGAACAUUAUAAAUUUUCUAGACAUUUUGCCAAGAGUUGUGUGAAUUUGGCCCGAAUUUCGCAUUGUGUUUACCAAGAUGGGGAUGGUUUUGGGGAACCAGAUUAUCAGAAGAAAAAGCAAAUCAAAGAAUUGUUCUUAGAGCCUAUCAACAGUGAGAAAUAA